UUGAGAUGGAGAUGCGAAUGAGUGAGUUUGGAAGCUUGCAGCUUCCGGACGUGACCAGCUUGCCGUUUGCAAUUUCGUCCUCAAAUGACCACUAUGUCGUUUCGACCAAGGGGAGCAUUGCGAUUCUUCAGCUACGGUACAAGCACAUCAACGACGAUGGUGCGCUGAACUAUAAUGUUGCUCGAUUCGAGUGCUCCAAGGAGAAACCCACCAGUCAGCUGGAGACGCGUGAGAUCAACGUGUACAACAGCAGUAAUCGGGAGCAGCGUGCGAAAAUUAUGCUCGACCAGACCAUCAUUCCGAAAGUGGCCACGUUGUACAUCAACAAUGCGCUGGCCGUGCCGUCGCCACCGGGAAUCUUUCCGGAUUAUAAUGAAUGCCUGGUGGCGCAUCUGACCAACAUGGGUCAGCUGACGCUGCAACGGCACGAUAAGGUGCGCAACUUGUGGAUCUUGUACGUGGACGUUUCUACGACGUGGAUUGCGCACAUUUACGACGGCACCGUGUUUGACCAGUUUGGUCCGCUCAGCCAAACCACGGCGGAAGCUCUGAUUUGUGCGUUCUGUUGGCGUGAUGUGGUCUUUGACCACGCGGCUUACUUUGCGUUCGGAACCAAAUCUGGGAAGAUCGCCAUCUACAGCCUGCUGUCGGACAGUGUGAGGGCGGAGCAGAUCGUUGGAACGGGGACGGACUCGGUGCGAUGCCUGAAGUGGGUGACGAUCACCAAGGAGCAAAACCUACUGCUGGCGGGACUUCAGAGCGGAAGGAUUGCUUUGUAUAGUUUUCGAAUUCAACCCGAUUAUACGGUGGUGGAUUGCGAGCAGCUGGCGGAUAUUUGGGGGGACGCGGACGCGUUGGUGGUGGAUCACAUGCAGCACGAGGUUGAUUACGACAACGAGCGGGUGGUUUUGCUGGUGGUGAAAGGAACGCAUCUGGUGGCGACCGCGUUCGGCUUUGAGGGACAAAUCCAGUCGGUUACGUUUCACAACAUGAAUAACUUUUCGAUAACAGGCAUGCAACAACUGUCUCCCAUGUGCUACAUCGUUUCAACCCUCACGGGCUCUAUUUUCUGCGUGGACAUCCAAACCAAGGCCGGCAACUUGUCCCUCGCCUGCAGCCAAAUACAAACCGACCUAAACACGCUAAAAUUCUCCAUCUAUGGCCUGACCGCCACCAAAACCCGAUCCUGCUGGCUUAUGGUCGGAUAUCCGGCGAAAAGUUUCGACCAUCUGAGCAUCCGCCUACCAACGACGAUUAUUUUCUGCAAAUUUAGCGCCCGCAACGCCCUCCAGAUGCUGAUAACCAAUCCGACGUUGCGGAUGACCGAGCAUUACGACUGCGCCGAGUUGGUGCGCUUCAGCGGUAGCCGUAAUCUGCAGACGCUCGCCGAGCUGGACGUGCUGACAAAGUUCCAGCCGAACGUGGACGACCAGUAUGCGUACCAGUUGAAGUUGCAGCUGCUGCAGUUGGGAUCGCGGCUGAGCUACUUCAAGAAACGCUGCCUGUCAAUCGCUGAAGUGCUCUUCAACCAAGCUCAGUUCAUCACGAUGGUCAUUGAGUUGCUUCACGCGGUCAAGGUGAUCUUCUACUUCUUAUCGAUCCGGGGACUUGGCCCGUUCAAUUACGCCCAGCUGAUGACGAUUCGCUGCUUGCGCAACUUUAUCCGCGAUUUCGUCGAAGACAGCUUCCCGGGAGACUUUGAGCACAUCCACGACGCCCUCAAGCCAACGCUGGCCGAUGCGGUGAGUCAUGCGAAUGAGCUGCUGGCCUGCGCCGAGCAGCCACUGUACUGUGAAAAGUGCACGUUCUGCGAGGAACCCAUCGUCGACACCAAGCUGCAGUGCCUGGACGGUCACCAAACGUUCCGCUGUUCGAUCACGAAGCAGCAGAUUCCACUGGGGGAAGAGGAGACCGCGUGCGACAUGUGCGAUGCCGAAACGCUGGAUGUGGCCGUGUUGGGGAGUAUUUUCAGCGCGGACGGGGGACAGUUGGCGAUUUACUACCAUUGCUGUUGUAUCUGUGACGUGCCGCUGGUUAGGAAGAAUGUGAUCUGAGCUGAAUAAAACUUCCCUUUACUGACA